AUGGGAAAGAGUAAAAAGAAAAGGUCUGUUUUAAAUGUUGAAAAAGCAAAAGAAGAGUUGUUGAAUUCAAUGGAAAAGAACUGUGAGACAGCUAUUCGAAAUGAAAAAACAAAAGAAGAGAUUGUCGUAGAAGAAGCCAAACAAAAUGACAAGGGAUUCAACGGUGAAACUAAAUUAUCAAAAGAAACUGAUACCUUGCAUUCUAUGUUGACAAAUAGCUGUGCUGAUAAUAAUGUUAAGAAAUGUCCACAGGGAAUUGAUGAAGGCUGUUCAGCAUUUUUCAACCGCGUUGCAAUUUCAUUAGAUGAAGAAAAUCAAGAAUAUUUUCCACCUAGAAAAACAGAUUCGAAGGAAAGCGAUUGGAAGAUUGAAGGAACUUCUCCUGCAAAGAUUCAAGAGAGAAAUGUGGAUGAAAAUGAUUCCGAAUCAAAUUUAACCGAAAUAUGUGAUGAAACGAAAGAUAUUAAUGCUUCUAAAGUUAUGGACAAUCCGUCGGUAGUUGUUCAUGAUGUGGAAACAACUGAGCAGGACUUCCUGAAAAUGCAUGGUGCAGAAAGCAUACAACACACGCAAGUUUCGGAAGCACAGAUUUCAGAAAAAUUGAAUAUGAAAACAGCAAAUCCGGAUUUUUAG